AAAGGUAGAAAAGCAGAUUUGAUUUUGAUGAACGCCAUAAUAUGAAAACGAAAUCCUUGUAAUUGCAACAGAUUUGAGAUGUCUGGUUUAAGAAGGCCGUGGUCCGAUAAUACUCCUCUAUUGUCCUCACGUAAAGAAAAACAACAUACCUCCCCUGUCUCCCGCUCCUCUCCUUCCUCAGUCGAAAUGUCAACCGCCGCCGCAACCACCACUCCUCGCCGCUCCAUCUUCCUUGGCGUCGACGUCGGCACCGGCAGCGCCCGCGCUGGCCUGUUUGAUGAGAGUGGAAAACUUCUGGGGUCUGCUAGUAGUCCUAUACAAAUAUGGAAAGAAGGUGACUGUGUUGAGCAAUCUUCGACAGAUAUUUGGCAUGCCAUAUGUGCCGCUGUGAAAUCUGCGUGCUCCCUUGCAAAUGUUUCAGGGGAUGAAGUGACAGGGAUGGGAUUCGCGGCUACUUGUUCUCUUGUUGCGGUCGAUGCUGAUGGAAGCCCUGUUACAGUUUCCUGGAGUGGUGAUUCAAGACGGAAUGUUAUAGUAUGGAUGGAUCAUAGAGCUGUUAAACAAGCUGAAAAGAUCAAUUCUUCUAACUCACCAGUAUUGCAAUAUUGUGGUGGAGCUCUUUCUCCUGAAAUGGAGCCACCAAAGCUUUUAUGGGUGAAAGAAAAUUUGCCAGAAUCUUGGUCGAUGGUGUUUAGAUGGAUGGACUUGAGUGAUUGGUUGUCAUACAGAGCAACUGGAGAUGAUACUCGGAGUCUGUGCACAACAGUAUGCAAAUGGACUUAUCUUGGUCAUGCACACAUGCAGCAGUUGAAUGGGAAAGAUUCCCGCAACAUGGAAACUUGUGGAUGGGAUGAUGAUUUUUGGGAAGAGAUUGGCUUAGGUGAUCUUGUUGAUGGGCAUCAUGCUAAAAUUGGACGAAGUGUAGCUUUCCCUGGUCAUCCUUUGGGUUCUGGUUUAACUCCUACAGCUGCACAGGAACUGGGUCUUGUGGCAGGAACACCUGUGGGGACUUCACUGAUAGAUGCUCAUGCUGGUGGUGUGGGGAUAAUGGAAAGUGUCCCCGAGUUAGGUUCUGAAGCUAAAGAGAAUGAUAAUGAAGCUAUAUGUCAUCGUAUGGCAUUAAUCUGCGGUACUUCUACCUGUCAUAUGGCUGUGUCCCGAAACAAGCUAUUUAUUCCUGGGGUCUGGGGACCGUUUUGGUCAGCGAUGAUACCUGAGUACUGGCUUACAGAAGGUGGACAGAGUGCUACUGGUGCAUUAUUAGAUUAUAUAAUUGAAAAUCAUGCUGCUUCUCCCAGACUUGCAAAUCGUGCUGCUUCUUUAAAAAUAUCCAUGUUUGAACUACUGAGCAAUACAAUCAAGACAAUGAUAGAUGAACUGAAGUCUCCAUUCCUUGCUGCUUUGACUGAACAUAUACAUGUCCUUCCUGAUUUUCAUGGAAAUAGGUCUCCCAUUGCAGAUCCAAAAUCCAAAGGAAUUGUUUUUGGCCUGACUCUAGAAACGAGUGAGAGACAGUUGGCUCUUUUAUACCUUGCUACCGUACAGGGUAUUGCAUAUGGUACACGUCACAUUGUGGAGCACUGCAACGCUCAUGGUCAUAAAAUCGAUACAUUACUUGCAUGUGGUGGCCUCUCAAAGAACUCCCUCUACAUCCAAGAACAUGCAGAUAUCCUUGUGUUAUCAAAAGGUGCUCAGGCGCUUGCUUAAGCGCUAUAGGCGAGUGAGGCCACAGCAUCUUUAUUAGCCUCAAGCGAUGAAUUUCAAUGAAGUGCUGCCUAGGCGAGUGCCUGGUGGGUGGGUGUCAGGCAUUAAAGCCAGCACCUGCUUUAAAUACAUCUUUUUUUUAACUAAUUUAUGUUUUGACCUGCUUGUCCUUUUUUAAUGUACCACAAGAAACAAUUUAUAGGUAUUUUUGUUAAAAAAAAGAUUAGGGUAAAAAAAUAAUAAUGUGGUAGACAAACAAACAAGGAAGGACACCUUAGAAGAGAAACAACAGCUACACUUUCAUUUCUUUCUUCACUUUUUUUGCGCUCCCCCCCCCCCCACCCCAUGUCAUUCCUUCUCUCUCUCUUCACAUGUUCAUUUUAAUGGUGUUAUGCAGCUGAAAUUUUUAACCUUUUGUUUUUAUAUUUUCUUUUGAUUUUCUAAUUAUCUAAUCUUAAUUGGAAAGAUAUAUAUAAUUUAUAGCAUAUUGCCUUGGUUCAUUUUACAGGCUUGGCACCUAUUAGCGCAUUUGACAACAUUGUACCAUACUGCACCAAUAUAUUUGCGUUUGACUUUGUAUACAGUUUUUGACUGUUUUCUCCAUUUAGUAGUGUUAUGUGUGGACAGAAAAAAGAAAGUAACGUGUAGUGUGUGACAAAGGAAAUAGUUUUUAGCGUGAAUGAUUGGCUUUGCAUGGAAAUAGGGCUGCUAGCUUAGAAAACUGGACUGUCUAGUUGAAAAUAUCCGGGUUGUAGUUUCAGUAGUAAAGCAUAGUGCUAACUUCAAUAUAAAUUUUCAUGACAUCAAUCAUCAAUGUUGAAUGGUAGGUAAAA